CUCACGUUCACAAAAAAAAAAAAAAAAAAAAAAAAAAAGAAAACAAACACGGCUACUCUCCUCCCUCCCUCCCUCUCUUCUCCCUCUUCCCCUUGUGCGUGCCGCCAGCUGCUGCCCCAAACGGCUGCCCACGGAGCCCAGCAGCCACCACCAUUUCUCCCUCCUUCUCCCACGUCAAUCCGCCAGCAGCACCAGCCCACUUGCUGGCCGUGAGCUGCACCACAACAGGGCAGCCGAGUCUCCCUUCCACCAUCAGCAGCCGCGUCACUCCCUGCCGCCAGCAACUAGCGGCUGUGACAGCAGCAAUCUGAGCCUUGACUCCAUCCACCACCACACUAACCACUCUUCUCUUCACCCCUUGCUCUUGUUCAUCUAAGUAUGAUUAGCAACAUGCGUAACUUUAAUACUAUCUCUAUACGUCUUGUUCGAAGAGCAAUCUUUUGGCGGAGAUUACAUAAUGGUCCAGACACUGUAGAGGAGCUGCUUGAGCGGCAUUUGGUGAAGGAGAAACCAUCAUAUGAUGAUGAUGAAAAUGAGCUCUUGACCCGUCAACGACUCACCAGUACACGACGAGAGGCAUUAUGUCUCUAUAGGGAUAUUUUUCGUGCAACAAGGUUCUUUUUGUGGCCUGAUAAUAGAGGAGUCUUGUGGCGAGAUAUACUAAGAGAAAAUGCUCGUAAAGAAUUCGAAGAGGCUAGAUUCGAGAAAGAUCCUGAAGUAAUAACCCGAUUGUUGAUUGGCGGGAGAGAUGCUGUCCAAGCUGCUAUUGACAAGCUUGCUGAGAAACAGAAGGAACAGAUAGCAAAGGAACACAAUGGCAAAAGUUAAUGAACUUGAUCUUCUUUUAUGGAAAAUGCAAAUGUCUAAAAUUAGCAAGUUUUAAAUAGAUAAUGAGUUUCAUUUUGGUCUGAAAUAUUUAGUCAGCUUGUGAUGCAACUUGAACAUGUUUUUAGCAAUACAUGAACAACACUGCUAUAAGGUUUUUGUAAAAUAAUUGUGGACUGAGCAUUUGAAAAAGCAUUCAUUUGUUCUUUGAAUGGAAGUGAUUAGAGCUCAUUUGUAGGCUAGUUAUUUACUUUCUAUGUAAUUGGUUUUGAGCUUUUCAAAAUGAUCCUCCAAACCAGGCUCGGCCCUGAGAUUCUGAGAGGUAGACAACAUGGUUGGCCACCAAGGGACCGAGAUUAUGAGGAGCCUAAUUUUUUUCAAAAAAAUAAAUUAAUGUAUGUGGAGAAGGAUCGUUUUCCGGUUUUACGGUUUUCCGGGUUGAUUUCAUGAACAAUCAGUCUCCAGAUCGUUUUUCAGUCUUGGGGCUAGUAGGUAUUCGUGGUUGUCUAAGCCCAUUGAUCGGAUCUGCGAUCCCGGGGCUUUCUUGAAGCAAGAUAUAUAACCAAACUUAUUUCCCCUUCCCAAUUGUUCGUUGGGCUUGCAAUUUUGUUGGCGAUGGUCCUGCUGGUGGGUUGGCGGUGUUCUCCUUGGAGCAUGGUCGGCCCUGUAGUAGGGUUCCCAUUGAGUAAAGGUGGCGGCUG